UGUGACCUCUGUGAUCAUUCACAGAUUUCACUAGUAGUAAGCAAUGAUGUCAGCAAGUGACAUCUUGCUUACUAUUAUUCAUGUGAUCACUGAUCGGCCAAUCAGUGAUCACAUGAUCGGGACCUCACACAGAGGUCCUGUAAUGCGAUCGGUGUUCGGAUAUGUGAGCGGGCACCGGAUCGAGGUGCUGCCCGCUCCCAGGGAGCGCGCACAAACAGGGGGCGGGGAGGCCGUUUAUAAACGGCCACCCGACCCUACACUGCCAUCGUCCGGCCGUUUAUAUACAACAGCCGGACGG